CCGCUUAGUUGAUUUUAUGGUAAAUGCUCAAUCAAUGUGUAUAAACUAAUGACUAUCUGGAAUAAAAUGUUCAAAAGCAAACAAAACAUUAAUAAAAAUACAAAAUAGCAUCAUUAAUUAUUUAUUUAUAAAAGCCAAUACUAAUACACCCAAGCAUCUUCCAAAGUUCUUCCUAUCUUGAAAAAAAAAAGUCAGUAUAGGGUUCAAACAAGUGAACAAAAUGUCAGUUGGUACACUGAAGAAAUGGUGCCUUGGACAAAAAUUUGGUAAUGGAGAGGUUGUGACUGACCAAAAGCUUAGCUAUUUCCUUGCAGAAUAUGUCAUGAAGCGCGGCCGAAAGCUUAGAAGAAAUUCAAAUGCUCAACCUUCAGGUGCCUCUGCUACUCCACCUAGCUCGAACUCCGCUGCACCAACCUAUCAGCUCAAUAGGGAUAUAUUAACUGUUACGGAUGCCUGGAGAGAGUACAGCGUAGGAUUCUCUGGGAAGCCUUCGAUACAAUCUUUAGAAGCACAGUUUGGGACAGCCUGGCGAAAGAACAGAAAAGAGUCAUGCUUUUUCAGCAAGAGAAAAGAGCUGUAUAAGGCAAUUGAGAAGAAAGCAGAAGAAGAAAGAUCAUCAUGUGAAAAAGCAGCUCGAAGAUUAGAAGAAAGAAGAAUACAGAUAGGCGCCUCCCUUGAUAAGUAAAGAUCAACAAUUAAAGAGUCUAACAACAGCAAC